UCUCUCUCUCUGCAAUUUACAAGUACUUCUUCUCCGUUGCUUGUUAGCAUUAUUUGAUAGCAAUGCCUCGUUGGCCAAGAGACCAAGCCAUGGAAUUUGAUGUGAUGAACUUCGCAGACUCAAUGCUUGAUGGCUGCUACGGCGAUGGAGGAGGAGAAGGGGAGUUUCGGAAGGAGCAGUCCGCGGCUGCAGCAGAGAAGGGAGAGGAAAGGUACAAGUCAAAGAACCUCGCAGCAGAGAGGAGGAGGAGGAGCAAGCUCAACCAUCGACUCUUUACCCUCAGAUCGUUGGUUCCUAACAUUACUAAGAUGAGCAAGGAGUCAACCCUCAUUGAUGCAAUGGAUUACAUCCACAACCUCCAAACACAAAUUAAUGACCUGAAGCUUGAGCUUUCGAAGAUUUGCGAAGAAGAGGACCGCACGAAGCAAGGGAGCACAUCUAGUACAGAGAGCACAGCUCCUCCAGAGAUGGCCCGAUACCAGGGAAGGGUUGAGCUGAAUCCUAUGGGACAAAACAAAUUCCAUGUUAAGAUUAUGUGCAACAAGAGGCCUGGAGGGUUUAUUAAACUGCUUGAUGCCCUCUCCAGAAAUGGACUAGAGAUUACUGAAAUCAGCUCCUUUGCUUUUUCAGGUUUUGAUCAGAUAGUUUUUUGCAUUGAGGCAAGGGGUGAUAAGGAGAUUCCCAUUUCUGAGUUAAGAAAGCUUCUAAUGGCGAUAGUCGAAGUAUCUGAGGAGAAUAAUAAAUGAUUAAUUUUAAAUCAUGUUCAGUUGGUAUUUGUAUGAAUAGAUUGAUUUAGAGUUUGAACUUCAAAG